AUGACACAUUCGGAGAAACGGCCACUAACGAUCUGCUCAUCGGCAACCAUGGUCUGCGUCGAAACUGUCGCGAUGUUGCUGCUCCUGUACGCAGUUCAGGUCUGCACCGGUCUGCGCAAGCAAUCGUUCGACGAAGCUGUGCUAGAGUGUGCCGAGUUGCUGUUGAUCCAUCCCCGGAAGAUGGAAUCGAUUAGCGGUGGAAUCCUAGGUAACGAUGACGACACCAAGUCCCUCAUACGCUGCGUCGGAGUGAGCUGUCGGUUUUGGAGUGACUACACCGGGCUACGUCGGGAUAUUAUCGAACGCUACUUCACCCCUGACGCUAGUGACACACUGUACCGUAACCGCACACAGGCCUGUCUGAAGAAGCUUCCCGUGCUAUCGUUUCCCUUCAAUCACCGCAACCAGCGCGAUCUGGCGUAUCGAUCAUUUCUGUGUUACUAUCACAACUACGGGAACCUAAAGCGGACCCGAAACUUCGUACCAAUGGACAGUGUACGACUGCUGGAGCUGGCAAGACAGUGCAUGAAUGUGUUGUGUAUCGGCGUGGAAGACCUCGUGGAUCUUACCGUGGCCGAGCUGGACGAGAACCGGAGCGUACACUGCAUGGUACGGUGCAUUGGUCUCCAGACGGGGCUGUACAGUGAUCGCUACGGGGUCAACAUUGACCUGGUGUACGCUCAGUACGGCGAGGGUUAUGAUGAAGCCACAUUCAAAGCGAAUGCCUACAGCUGCGUGCGCAACCAGAGCGCAACUUCCAGUGAUGAUCCAUGCCGCAGGGCUUACAAUUUGUUGUACAAGUGUUUUGAAAAUGUCCGCAACAUUGUGUCAAGGUUCGAAGUGCAAGAAUCUUACGAGACUUAA